CCAAUGGAAGUGCUCCAGACGAUCAGCUGAUGAUGGCCCUAUUAUGAAUAUGUGGUCCAGUCGUCUGUUCACGCGCACCGCUUUACCGGGCUGAUCGCCACUUAUCCCUCCUUAUCCUCCUACGCUACGGCCUGCACGCUCCCGAGGAAUGGCCACGCGCUUACGGCCGAGCAGCAAGAGGUGCGCAGUGAUUGGCGGCUCCGGUUUCCUCGGGAGGCACCUGGUGGAGCAGCUCGUUGCCCGGGGUUACAGCGUGUCGGUGUUUGACAUGCGGCAGAGCUAUGAACUGCAGGGGGUCACCUUUCAUUUGGGUGACCUGUGUGAUAAACAGGCACUGCUGUCAGCCCUGCAAGGAGUGUCGCUGGUGUUCCACUGUGCCUCCCCUGCUCCGGCCAGCGAUGACCGCGCCCUCUUCCAGAGGGUCAACGUGGACGGCACACGCACUGUGCUGCAGGCCUGUAGGGAGGCAGGGGUGCAGAAACUGGUUCUGACCAGCAGUGCCAGCGUGGUGUUUGAGGGCAGAGACAUCAAGGAUGGGAAGGAGGAUCUGCCUUACGCCAAAAAGCCUAUUGAUUGCUACACGGAGACCAAGAUUCAGCAGGAGAAGUUGGUGCUGGACGCCUGCGACAAAGAGAAGGGCUUUCUCACGGUGGCCAUCCGACCGCAUGGCAUCUUCGGCCCACGGGACCCCCAGCUGGUCCCCACCCUGGUGGAGAUGGCGCGCGGAGGGAAGAUGAAGUUUAUUAUCGGGGAUGGGAGCAACCUAGUGGACUUCACUUUUGUGGAGAACGUUGUCCACGGCCACAUUCUGGCUGCCGAGCUCUUGCGUCCGGAGUCUCCCCUCUGUGGGCAGGCGUACCACAUCACCAAUGACGAGCCCGUGCGCUUCUGGGACUUCAUGUCCCAGGUGCUGGUGGGUCUGGGCUACGACGCCCCCCGCUACCACCUGCCCUACUGGCUGGUCUACGGCCUGGCUCUGCUGCUCUGGCUGCUGGCCCUGCUGCUGCGGCCCGUCCUGCGGCUCCAGCCCACCUUCACGCCCAUGCGGGUGGCGCUCGCCGGGACCCACCACUACUACAGCUGCUCCCGCGCCAAGCGGGACAUGGGCUACAAGCCGCUAGUGGGCCUGCAGGAGGCCAUCGUGCGCACGGUGGAGAGCUACCCCCACCUUCGCCGGGGGGCCUGACCGCUCGGCACGCUGAUCAAGGCUCCAGCAGUCUGCGUCCGACCCAACGAACGGUUACGUGAACCAUCACUUCAUAUUGAAUUGUCUGGAUGGAUGUGCUAUACAUAUGUGCGAGAUGCGAUCCUGCUCACCUUAGGCUGAGAAUCUGAUUAAAUAGAAAUGACCAACUGCCCCCUUGUUUCCCCUUUCAUUGA